AUGCCUCGCGUAGAGGCUUUUGCCAAAGAAGUCUCUGUUAUUCCUGUGCUAUUUGUUUUGGCGGCCACAGCGGUAAAAGAUGGUUUCGAAGAAUUGAGGCGUCAUCGUGCUGAUCAAAAAGCCUUUACUCCGGAGGAAUUCUCUUGGCCGGUAGAAGUUGAGGCGCCCAACGCGGAGCUAUACCACUUUAGCGGCAGAAUUUACUCACCGGAGCCAGUGAUCGUCAGGAAAGACAACCUCCUUCUUCGAGGCUGCAUCGUUCGUAACACUGACACGGUGGAGGGAAUGGUUAUAUACGCAGGUCGAGAAACCAAAGCAGCCCUCAAUAAUUCUGGCCGGAAGUUCAAGCGAAGCAAACUAGAACGCCGACUAAAUAGGGAUAUCAUCUGGUGUAUUCUUAUCCUUGUCAUUUUGUGCAUUACUGGCUCAGUUGGUAUGUUCCGGUUAUUUUAUUCUUUUAAUUAUUUUUACUGUCAUUUAGGUAGUUAUAUCUGGCUCCACAGUCUCCCCGGUGAGAACAUUCUUUUCCUUGAAAGCCUCGAGUCCAAAGACAUCCUGCUUAGCGCCUUCAUAAACUUUUGGACGUUUGUAAUUAUCUUUCAGGCUGUGAUCCCUCUACCGCUAUACAUCACCAUCGAGGGUGUCAAGAUACUUCAGGUUUUCUUCAUGCACAAUGACUUGGGCCUCUAUGACUCAGAGCGUGAUCGGCGAGCCGAAGUGCACGCCUUCAACAUACCCGAGGACCUUGGUCAGGUUGAGUACGUCUUCUGUGAUAAGACCGGCACUCUUACAGAGAACAAGAUGGUCUUCAAACGAGCCGUUAUCAACGGAGUCGAUUAUUGGGUCGAUGAAGGUACUAUUAGCGUAACCCAUGUUUGGUCAUUUAACACCUUGACGACUGCGUCUGCGAACACGAGACUCUCGGCAGUGCGCGAUUUCAUCCCCUUCGUACCCUCGGCGAGUGCACGAUCGAGCCAUUCCAGCCCAGCCCUCGGGACCGUGUCAACUUCUUGCGGGAAAGAGGAGGCGGGCCAUGUUAUGCCAGAUCCAUCUGUUUUCGAAGAUAACGGAGACGACAGCCGAAAUUGCCAACGUGUUCAAGACUUCUUCCUCUGUCUUACAAUUUGCAAUACCUGUGUUGUAUCAGCCAACAAAAAUGUCGCUGCUCCACUUGUUCCACUUCGCAAAAGAAAGCCCUUGGCCCGUCUCCGUCUUGGAAGUAGAACGAAAAAUAGCGCUGGCGACUCUUCUUUGACUUCCUCCCGUUUCCACCGUCUUUUUAUCCGUGGCUCAAGAAAUGAGAUCUUCGAGGUCGGGGAAGAAGCCUCUGCUGACGAGAAUGUCAAUACGGAUGCCAAUACGCCCGACCGAUCGAUGCGAAAAUCAUUAAGCAUCGGUAGCUUGUUUCCGCGGCGACAGCGCAAGACCGAUCAGGCGUCUAAGGUGCCUGAAGAUAAAAUCCGACAGGCAACUAAACCGCCGAAACGGCUGCUCACCACCGUUGUCGAAUCUCCAAGACAGAAAGGCGGAAUGAACGCGGAACUCGCUUCCGAUGAGGGGAUCGAAAGGCCAUCUGCAACUGCUUUGCCGAUCUCAGUACGAAAUCCAAAUAACGAUACUCAACCAUCAAGCGAUACCUCGGUUUUAUCGGAGAACGGAAGAAAGCCUGCAGCCGUGGAACCUCAAACCCCUCCCCAUCGACAUCUGUUCCAGCCCAAGGCAAGACCCUCCAACACGAAACACCUGAAAGGCCAGCAGCAAUUGCAGCAGUCGAGUUCCGUACUGACGUCUGACAGCGAUGACUGGGAGGCUCUUAGCCAGGCGGGUUCAUCGACUUGCUGGCGCAGCAGCAACGAUUCCCUUGUCAAUCGGCCUUUUCACCACGUCUGUCCCCUCUCCGAAAAUACACUCCAAAACGGCUACGAAUCGGAGAGCCCGGAUGAGGUUACUCUGGUCAAAACAGCGUGCAAGUACGGCUGCAAGUUAUUGCAGAGGGGUAGCGAUUUUGUCAUCAUUUGGCUCCCGGGUGAUGGCUUAAUACGCGUGGAGGUACUCAAGGUUCUUCCUUUUGUCAACCACAGAAAGCGGAUGUCGAUUAUAAUUCGUCAUCCUGAAACCGAUCAAAUUGUUCUCUAUUGCAAAGGUGCUGACUCCGUCAUCCUGUCCCGAUUAGAUCCCCACAACGGGCAACAUUUUAAGGUUAGCACCGAGGAGCGUUUGAGGGACUACUCUCGAUCUGGUUUAAGGACCCUUGUGAUGGCAAAACGGGUGAUUUCGGAAUCCGAAUACGAGAGAUGGUCUUCUGCGUGGAUGCUGGCCGAGGGGAACUACCAGUGUGCCGAGGAACUCAAAUUCAAACUGAUGGAUGAAAUCGAGGUCAACUUGGAACUCUUGGGUGCCACUGGCAUCGAGGACUGUCUACAGCAGGGCGUUCCCGAAACAAUCGCGUCUUUGCGAGAGGCCGGAUUAAAGGUGUGGGUUCUCACUGGUGACAAGCAGGAAACUGCGAUCAGUAUCGCUUACGCUGCAAAACUAAUCACUGAAGAACAGAGGGUUUUUACUUUGAAUGCAGAGAGUGCGGAGGAGACGAAACGCCAAUUGGAGAACUUUCUCGUUGAGCUGUUGCCCGGUGCAAACUUCCCGGAAUCCGUCUCCAGCUACUGCCCGUCGAAUGUUCCACCCUCUUCUCCCUCAACUCCCCCCUCCUUGCGAAUGGACUUUCACGGCGAAGCGGCAGAAGAGCCGGAUCAAAAAUUUCCGCAAGCAACCGCAUCCUGUAACAGUCCCACCAUAUUACGUGUCGACUCCCACUUUUCGGCUGUUUCUGUGCUGAACAACGAGGUGCCCGUGGAUAUCCCGCAAGGUAGCGUGGCACUUGUGCUGGAUUCAGCCUGCCUAGUCCAUGUCCUCGAUGAUGGCGUGAAAGAGAUCUUCAUCAAACUGGCCCGCGUUUGUUCCAGUGUUAUCUGCUGUCGAGUCACUCCUUCACAAAAGGCUUCGGUCGUGGAAUUGGUGAAACACGAAAUUGGAGCCCAAACUCUGGCUAUCGGCGAUGGAGCGAACGACGUUAACAUGAUUCAGUGCGCUGACGUAGGCGUAGGUAUAAGUGGGCAGGAGGGAAUGCAGGCUGUCAUGGCUUCCGACUUUGCCAUCACACGAUUCGCUUUUCUGAAACGCCUUCUCCUCGUCCACGGCCACUGGUGCUACGAGAAGCUCGCCCGAAUGGCACUUUACAUGUUUUACAAGGACGCGGUAUACAUAUUCUCGCUUUUUUGGUUCCAAUUCUUCAAUGGUUUUUCCGGCAGUGCCCACAUUAAUCAACUGGCACAAAUCCUCUUCAAUGUUUCCAUAACUAGCAUUCCACCAUUCGUGCUAGGUGUGCUGGACAAGCCACUUGAUGACCAGACGCUCAUGGCUAACCCUAAACUCUACCGCAAUGGACGCGACUCUAUGACUUAUCGAUCGUGGCAUUUUUGGGUAAACACAUUGGACGCCAUGUGGCAGUCCUUGGUCAUUUUCUUCAUUCCCUGCCUUGUAUUUCACUACACAAAUGCCAGCAUGGAUGAACUCGGCUCAACCUGUAUGAACGCCCUCGUCUUCACAUCUCUCGUUCACAUUGCUUUGGAGACCAAAUAUUUCACCAUCAUUCACUGGAUCGCUUAUGUCGGGAGCUAUCUUGUUCUCUGGCUCUUCUUCACGAUGGCGUAUAAUGCUCUUGGUGUUACUGAGAUAGCUCCAGAUCCGCCGUAUUACGUUAUCUUUGUACUGAUGGGCGACCUGCGUUUUUGGCUCUGCAUGGUUAUUACAAGCACGACUGCUCUUCUCCCGAGGCUAUUGAUGAACUCCCUGUCGAACACAUUUGCUCCGAGUCUUGACACCCUGGCAGCCCGUCUACAGCGGAAAUAUGGUGUUGGCACCAGUCUACCGAUCGGUCGGUACGUGGAGGAACAUGAUGCUUGUCAAGAAAAACGUAAUUUGCGUGGUCGCGUACGAGUUGGUGAGGCCAACAUAAGGUCCCGCAUUGUCAGUUGGUUUACGUCUGCUGGUCGGCUUCUGCAGCGUAUGCCUGCUCUACGAAGAAACAUCGAUGAACCUUCGGUGGUGCUGGUACGAAACGUCUCACUGGUGUGGACAAAACAGGAUCCUGAGCUAAUUGCUCACACGCUUCCUCGGUUCAGACCAGUUGCAGGAAAUCCACAGCGGAAUCUUCGCAGAGCCAAUACAUUCGGAGGAAAUGGGGAUUUCAACGGUCAAACCCAAACACAUAGUAGGUGUCUUGUCAAUUUUUCCGGUUUAUGA